AUGGGAAUGCAGAUGCUAUUGAUUGUGACGGGGGCGUCGAAAGGUCUGGGAAAGGCCAUAACGACUGGCUUUUGCUGUAUGGACUCAUCAGAGCAGCAGCGACAGCAACUGGAUCGACUGCAUGUUGUCCUGGCGGCCCGAUCGGCAAAUUUGUUGGAAGAGCUGGGUCGAACCAUCAUGCAUCAUAACGAGUCGACCAAGGUUCGAGUGACACUUUCCUGCUUUGCCGUGGAUUUGUCCGAUUUGGAUCAACUGGACUCCCACUUUGAUCGCAUGUUCCAAGAAGUCAAUCUCUCUGGUUUUGAUCGCGUCGUCUUUGUCAACAAUGCCGGGUCUCUGGGAUAUCUGGGGCCCUGCUCGUCCAGUCCAUCUUUGACGGGCAUGAAAGCCACCAUUGACUUUAAUGUCACGUCUGCUCUGUGGCUGUCCAGUCGAUUUGCACAGCUCGUGCAGGAAAAUUCGAAUCCCGACACUCAAAAAGUAACACUCAUCAACAUUUCCAGCUUGUUGGCCGUCGAGGCAUUUCCCACCAUGGGAAUAUACGCCGCAGGCAAGGCUGCUAGAGACAAUUAUCAUGCCACCAUGGCCAAGGAAAUGCCUCGCAUAAAAGUGCUCAACUAUGCACCAGGGCCUCUGGAAACUGACAUGGUGGAAGAGAUUCGAGCAGCGCCCAAGUUAGACAAGAGCCUCAAGCCUGCUUUUGACAAGAAAUUGAUUGAUCCACAGGAUUCCGCAAAAAAACUGGUCGACUUGGUCUUCUCAGACAAGUUCGAGUCGGGAUCACAUGUGGACUAUUAUGAUAUUUCAUCCUAA